AUGCAGAAAGCAAAGGAUGGAAUUCUAUUCGUUGAUGAGGCUUACAGACUUAGCAGCUCAAGUGACGCAGUGGAAGAGAUCUUGCUGAGAUUGAAUGCGACCAAUGACUUCAUUUUGAUUUUGGCGGGCUACCCAGAUGAGAUGCAGAAGCUCUUCCUCAUGAACAAUGGGCUGCCGCGUCGAUUUUAUCAAAUAAUUAAGCUUGAUGACUACACGCCGCAUGAGCUAACCAAAAUUUGCAACAGGCAGGCACAUGAGAGGGGGUACGUUCUUGAUCAAGCAGCAGAACAGAAAUUUCUGGAGCUUCUUGACAAAAACUGCUCCAACCCGUCUCUGGAACGUCAAGGACCAGAUGGGGAGAAGGUCUACGAGUCAAUCAUUUCACAGUACAAUGCUGGCCUUUGUGACCAUCUGCUGUUUGCUGCAGAAAAGGAGAAAGCUCUUAGGAUGGAACAGAAAAGAGGCAGUCUCAGCAGAAUAGAGUGGAAGCGGGAGAUAAACGAGUUGAAGGAAGAAGAUUUCACAAAAGGCUUCGAGAAGUGGCUCAGCGAGUCAUCGCAGCUUCGGUAG